CGGGCACGGUGACUGGACACACACACCCCCUCUCGGGCCCUCAUGCAGAAUUUAAAUCCCCCUUCCCGCAAGCUCAGCACUACUAUUCAAGGUGCGGCUCAAGCUGUAACAGGUGGAAAGGAGAUCAAGAACCACAACAAGAUUGUGUUUACUGACGCCAUCCUGACGCGUUUAAUGAAGAUAGGUAGAUCUACCUUGCAAAUAUAGACUGCAUUAAGAUAACCGUUGUGUGCCUUUGGACACGCACAAAAGGAUUCAUAGUUUUUUCAUCAACAGAAACCUAUUUAUUUAGACAUUAAAAAAAUAAUCGACAAAAUAAUUUUAUUUUUAGAGAUGGCAAACUCGGGAGUUCAACUUUUAGGAUUCGCCCUGUCACUCGUCGGUGUCAUUGCACUUAUCGUGGGGACCAUUCUUCCACAGUGGAAGAUGUCUGCGUACGUAGGAGACAACAUCAUAACGGCGGUUGCCAUGUACCAAGGACUAUGGAUGUCAUGCGCUUUUCAGAGCACAGGGCAGCUCCAAUGUAAAAUCUACGACUCGAUCCUGCAGCUAGACGGCACUCUCCAGGCCACCCGUGCCCUGAUGAUUGUUGGCAUCAUCGUAUCCAUCGCUGGGCUGGGCGUGGCCACCAUGGGCAUGAAGUGUACCACUUGUGGAGGAAACAACAAAGUGUGGAAGUCUCGCACCGCCAUGACUGGAGGCGUCAUUCUACUGGUUGGAGCUCUGUGUGCAUUAGUGGCCUGCUCGUGGUUCGCUCAUAAUCUCAUCCGGGCCUUCUAUAACCCGUAUUCUCCUGUCAACACCAAGUUUGAGUUUGGGGCAGCCAUCUUCAUCGCCUGGGGGGGUUCUUUCCUGGACCUGCUGGGGGGAGCCAUGCUGGCAUCUUCCUGCCCCAGGAGUAAAAAGCCGGUGCCCAAAUACCCUGUCAUGAGUGGCAUGAGUGCUCUCUCACCAUCCAGCAGCACCAAGGAGUACGUGUGAGCUAAAUCAUGCUGCCAGGUUAUAAUGAGAUUCACAGAAAUUGUUGUGAGGUUUACAGAUAUGCCCACACCCCACUCCACCCCAGCAGGGCCGUUGUGAUGUCUCUCACCCGCUCCCAAAAUUCCACAAUUGUUUAUGAGUGGACCUCACAAAUACACUAUAAUUGGUUCUUGGAUCCCCCUUAUAUUAUGUUUUAGGGUGCAUGUUCUAGUAUUACACAAACACACACUUCUCUUAUUACAGCCAAGAUGCAGCAUCAUGGCAAACACUCACCUCCAUGUAAGAAACACUGUCUACUUAAAUGAACAUUUCCUUUGUAAUUGAAGGUAGUCAAUUAAACUUGUUGUGGUGCUAAGGUCCUACUCUUGGCAUACUCAUGGGAGUUUAUGUAUGUAAAAUAGGAAACUGGACUAGCGCACCACCAAUACUUUUACAAUGGAGUUUUUUGUAGACAUGACCAUCUCCAAUUGUGUUCAAUGUUCAAUCCAAGUGGAACUUCACACUAGUUGUGAGUGACUGCAUACGCUAUGGUGAAUCACCGGACAAUUCACUGUUGCACUCCAAAAGGGGGAGGGGCUUUUCAUACAGGCCUGCAAUGUACUCUGUCCCAUUAUAAAAUCUCUCAGAACAGAGAUUCUCAACAGGUGCAUUAUUACAGGAAGUGUUUGUUUUUAUUAUUGUACUAUGUAAUAUACAGUGCAUUCGGAAAGUAUUCAGACCACUUCCCUUUAUCCACAUGUUGUUGCAUUACAGCCU